CUGUUGCGUGCGCCGAGACCCUACACCUGUCCCGUGCGUAUCGCGAAUACUUUUAAACUCAUCUGCGUGUGUCGUUUGUGUAGCCUAAAUAAUAAUAAUUCUCGGGGCGCAUCCGCUACAAGAGCAAAGUUCUCUCCACAGAGUGUCAACAAACAUAGCGUGACGUGUGCCAACAUGACACAUUGACAGUGGAAGCUGCUAACAGUUUUCGGGAGAACAACCCAUAACCAAAUUUGCCUGGACUUGACGCACGCGCACUAAAGGUGGAGUGGUUAACCUCGUCUUUCCGACUCGGGGUGGAUGUCGUAAAACAUGAGUAUCAUGGCACCUGGCUUCAGACCAACAGGCGGAGUUGGACGGCCCGACAAGGGAGUUGGACGAUCCGACAGCAAGAUCAGCGCCAAGACACUAUAUGAGCAGAGGAAAAAGUACUCCAACUCCAACAUCAUCAUGCAGGACACGUCGCAGUACCAUGUCCAGCACCUCUCCACCUUCAUGAUGGACAGAGUGGAUGCCAUCAGCACGGUGGAGGACGCCAUUAAGAAACUUCUGCUCCUCAACUCCAAGGAUAAGAUCUGGACACAGGAGAUGCUGCUACAGGUCAGCGACGAUGCCAUCAAGCUACUGGACUGUGACACCAAGGAGGAGCUGGAGAACUUCCCCCUACCCACGGUGCACCUGUGUAAGAAGGUUAUGAACCAGAUGGUACUCUACCCCUCCGUACUGCUGCUCGUCUGCCAAGACUCAGAGCAGAACAAACCCGACAUACACUUCUUCUACUGCGACGAGGUCGACGCUGACAUUGUUCAUAGUGACAUUGACAGUGCAAUGGGAGACAAUGCCAUGCCCGCACAGGGCAAGAAGACCAGACCCCAGACACUAAAGGCGAAUCAGGAGAGGAUGAAACAGCAAAGACAGACCAUCAUCCCCCAAAGCCCCAAAGGCCCUGGCCCUGCUGUCAAAGGCCGCGUAGCAGCCAUGGAUGUGAGAGAUAUUCCAAGACGGAAUUCUGACCAGGACCAGAAUGAAUCUCAUGAGAACUUGGCCCAACGGAUAGAGAAAGAUGUGCAAAUCCUGAACUGUGCGUUGGACGACAUCGAGAUAUUUGUGGCGCGACUGAGGAAAGCAUCAGAGGCCUUCGCCCAGCUCAACAUGAGGAACAAGAGCAAACCAAGCAAGAACAAGAAGAGGGGCCCGGCAGAGGGUAUGUUGACCUUGCGAGCCAAGAUGCCCGUGGAGCCAGAGUUCUAUGACUGCCUGCAGAAACUCAAGCUGUCCUUCAACCUCCUGGCCAAGUUGAAGAGGCACAUCCAGAACCCCAGCGCUGCCGAGCUCAUACACUUCCUCUUUGGCCCGCUAGAACUGAUCCUGCAGACGUGUGGCAAUGGGGACCUGGUUCAGGCGGUGAUUGCGCCACAUCUGUCCCGGGACGCGGUGGACUUCCUGAGAGGUCACAUGUCCCCUAAGGAGACCACCAUCUUCGAGUUCCUGGGGGAAGCCUGGACGAGACCUCGGUGUGACUGGCCCAAAGAGCAGUGUGCCCCUCUCUACAUCCCAAAGUUCCUGAACGGCUGGGAGCCCCCCGUAGAACUCUUCCGCACGUCGCCAUGGGAGACAGAAGGGCCCAUGACGCCAGGACGGAGGUCAGACGAGAUGUUUGGACAGCCACCUUACCACGCUGCAAAUGGGUCGGCCCCGAGAGGUAAAUAUGUGAAGACCCGCUACCGGUUUGUGGCACGCAACCCCAACGAGCUGUCAGUCAUGGAGGGAGAGGUGCUGGAGGUGCUAGAGAAUGAUAAAGAUUGGUGGAAGCUGAGGAACAGCCGGGGCCAGGUGGGCUUCCUGAGCUACAACAUCCUGGAUGAAGCCCAGCCCGGGGACUUACACGGCCAGGUAGACCAGCCAUACAACCAGCCUUAUGGCUCUCCCCCAUCAGGAUCAAUGCCACGAGGAGAGAAAGACAUGCGUAGCCAUCAGAUGGACCAGGUGAAUGAGGAGCUCCUGAAGCACAUCACCACCAGCAAGGCCCAGCCGCCCCAGCGCAACUACCACGUGGAGCGCCCCCCCACCGCCACCAAGUGUCCCCCCAUCACCUACGAGUCCACCCCCACCCAGGUCGCCACCUGGCUGCGCGCCAAGAGCUUCAGCAAGGGUACGGUGGACUGUUUAGGCAUCUUAACAGGGGCCCAGCUGUUCUCGCUGGACAAGGAGGAGUUGAAGGCGGUGUGUGGGGAGGAGGGAUCCCGCGUCUACAGCCAGAUCACCGUGCAGAAGGCCGCGCUAGAGAAGAGUCGUGGCGACUCGGAGCUCCAGGAGAUCAUGAGGCGACGACAGGAGAGGAUCAACUCCACCACCUCCCAAUGAGUAUGCCCAGAACGCACGAUUGACCCAGUUGGCAACUCUGGGCCCGCCAAUGAUAUUGCUUGUUUCCCCCCGACGGUUGCCCCACCUGCUGUAUGUAGUGGCUAAUUAAUAUGCCUAAUAACUGGCAGUGAUUGGCUCCACACGACCACGGGUGGAGCAUUCGGAGGGAAAAACAAUGCAGUUUAAUGGGCGGGCCAGAGGAGCCAACUGGGUGAAUGGGCGUCAGCCUGUUCAUGGGCACAGCCCCAGCCCCAACCCCGAGCUCCAUGCCCUCCCCUUUGCUUUUGACAUUGCAUGAUAAAAAUCUAUCAAAUACCUACGCAUUAACAUACACUCUCUCUCUGAAAUACCAAUACAUAUGUACAGACAUGAUAACACGCACACGUACACACAUUUUCAAGCCAAGUACACACUACCAUACACAGACACAAACAUGCACGCACGCACACACACACACGUAUGCAUGCACACACACGCACGCACGCACACAUGCACACGCGCGCACACAUGCACGCACGCACACACACACACACACCUUACAUGGACACACAGACUCUUCUCACAGCCAAGUAUACACUUACAUAAAUGCAUACAAAGUCGCUCAGAAUAUUUUACUCAUAUGGAGAUCACCAAGAUGACGCUUUUGUAAUUGUAUAUAAUAGACCAUAGCGUAUAUAUUUGAAUGUAUGUCCAGUACAAUACUGUAGUUCUGCUGUUUCCUUAUUGUUUUGUACUACUGGUGUCUGCUCCCUUUCCCCUUGCUUUUGCUCUCUAAUGAAGAUUUCUCCGCAGUUUUGUUCUUGUGCUGUGUGGCCACAUAUGAUUUGGGGUGUAUACACCUAUGUCUGAUGUUAGGGGAGGUUUGUAUGUGUGCUUGUGUGCAUGGCAGCGUGCACGUGUGUGUGUGUGUAUGAAAGAAAGAAAGAAAGACAGAAAGAAAGAAAGAAAGAAAGAAAGAAAGACAGAAGGGAAGAA